AUGGAGCGGGCGGGGAGCGGAGCACUGAAACGCUCCUUGGCCCCGCACGAUGUGUGCGUGAGGAUACGGGCGUACUUCAACGACAGCCCGGACGCCGCCGUCGGGGACGAAACGCUCUACGAGAUGAUAGCGAGCGCCCUGCAGUCCGUCUACGGCGUCGUCGGCGGCGCGGUGCCCUUCGAGCUCCACAGCACGCAACCUGGCAGCCCCGAAGGGAUCAUCAAAGUGCACAAGAGCGACCUACAGAAGCUCCUCGUCGCCGCGCCCUUCAUGACGGCGUUCGGGGAGUCCGAGCAGAGCUGCCGGCUCGAGGUGCUCGGCCACUCACCGGACGCGUCGUCGCUGGGCACGGAGGGAGCGCCCGCUGGAGAGACCUAG